AUCCAGUGUCAGGCAAACAUAACAGCAGGUCGCGACUUCCCUGUCAGCUCCAGAAGGAACCGGGGUCUGCGAACAGGAGCCGGGAGGGGCGACGCCGAGCUUUUUACCUUUAACGUCAGACACCUCUCAGGAGUCAUUAGGCUACAAAGUAAUUCCUACCUUUGCUUUUAUUUUCUCCGCCGGAACGCGACAAGUGGCUCGUUGGGACCCGCAGGAGGAAGGAUUUGCUGUGUGUUUUUGUAGCGACUCAGUGUACAAAGUUGCUCUCUGCUCACCUUAACAUGGCUGCAACGACGUGUACCAGGUUUACCGACGAGUACCAGCUGUACGAGGAGCUGGGGAAGGGGGCUUUCUCUGUGGUGAGACGGUGCAUGAAGAUUUCCAUAGGACAGGAGUACGCCGCCAAGAUAAUCAACACCAAGAAGUUGUCUGCCAGGGAUCACCAGAAGUUGGAGAGAGAGGCCCGGAUCUGCCGCCUGCUCAAGCACCCCAACAUUGUGCGGCUCCAUGACAGCAUAUCUGAGGAAGGAUUCCACUAUCUGGUCUUUGACUUAGUUACCGGUGGAGAGUUGUUUGAGGACAUUGUUGCCAGGGAGUACUACAGCGAAGCUGAUGCCAGUCAUUGCAUUCAGCAGAUCCUAGAGGCUGUACUGCACUGCCACCAGAUGGGCGUGGUCCACCGCGACCUCAAGCCAGAGAAUUUACUCCUAGCCAGCAAGUUGAAGGGGGCAGCGGUUAAACUGGCAGAUUUUGGCCUUGCUAUUGAAGUGCAGGGAGAGCAACAGGCAUGGUUCGGUUUUGCCGGUACACCAGGGUACCUGUCUCCAGAGGUGCUGAGGAAAGAUCCAUACGGCAAGCCAGUGGACAUGUGGGCCUGUGGUGUGAUCCUCUACAUCCUCCUGGUGGGAUAUCCUCCGUUCUGGGAUGAGGACCAGCACAGACUCUACCAGCAGAUUAAAGCUGGGGCUUAUGAUUUCCCUUCUCCUGAGUGGGACACAGUGACUCCAGAGGCCAAAGACCUGAUCAACAAGAUGCUGACCAUCAAUCCCGCCAAGAGAGUGACUGCCACAGAUGCACUCAAACACCCCUGGAUCUGUCAACGCUCCACCGUGGCGUCCAUGAUGCACAGACAGGAGACUGUGGAGUGUCUGAAGAAAUUCAACGCUCGAAGGAAACUCAAGGGUGCUAUCCUGACUACUAUGCUGGCCACUCGCAACUUCUCAGCAGCCAAAAGCCUGCUGAACAAAAAAGCGGAUGGUGUCAAAAUCAACAACAAGGCCAAUGUGGUCACCAGCCCCAAAGAGCCCGCCCCCACUCCUUCUCUGGAGCCUCAAACCACUGUUAUCCACAACCCAGCUGAUGGAAACAAGGAGUCCAGUGAGAGUGCCAAUACCACCAUCGAGGACGAAGACGUGAGAGCUCGUAAGCAGGAGGUCAUUAAAGUCACCGAGCAGCUGAUCGAGGCCAUCAACAACGGCGACUUCGAAGCCUACACGAAGAUCUGUGACCCUGGCCUCACGUCCUUCGAGCCGGAGGCCUUGGGCAACUUGGUGGAGGGCACCGACUUCCACCGCUUCUACUUUGAGAACGCUCUGUCCAAGGGGAAGCAGCCCAUCCACACCAUCCUGCUCAACCCCCACGUCCACCUGAUCGGGGACGAGGCCGCCUGCAUCGCCUACAUCCGCCUCACCCAGUACAUCGACGGCAGCGGCAUGCCUCGCACCAUGCAGUCGGAGGAGACCCGCAUCUGGCACCGCCGCGACAGCAAGUGGCAGAACAUCCACUUCCACCGCUCCGGCUCGCCCACUGUGCCCACCAAGUAA